AGAAAAAAAUAGCAAUGGCGGUGAAAUUUAGCAGGGCCCCUUGAAGUUUAGAUGUUUACUUGUUUUGACUCUGAAAAUGGAUCAGUUUGGAACCCUUGAGCUCGGGUGGGCCCAGGGAUAUAAUGGCUCCCCAGCAUUGUUUGUCAACAGGGACACUGUCUGCUUUAUCUGUGGGAACAACAUUAAAUUUGUAAAUACGAAAGACAAGAGGGAGUCAGUUUUAUCCAGUCCUGGGGAUGGAAUUGGAGCAUUUGCUGUGAACUCUUCCACCAGUAACAUUGCUUUUGCUGAACUGAGAGUUAACCCCAAGCUUUUUAUCUAUACUUUCCCUGACUUUUCAAGACCACGAGCUGUUCUUGAAGGUGGUGCAAGGUUGACAUACUCCUGCAUUGCUUUUGCUAAUAAUAGCAGCAUCUUGGCGACACAUUCAGGGAUUCCAGAUUUUCAACUUACUGUCUGGAACUGGUUUGAGAAGAUAAAGCUAUGCUCAAUCGAUGUUGGAAGACAUUUGUGUACUGGACUGUCAUUCAACCCAACAAACUGGCGUCAGUUAUGUACUGUGUCAAGUGAUGUUCUGAUGCUGUGGAAUGUUGGCCAGCUCAAUACCAAGUAUUCACUAGUCUCAAGUUCUAUAAGACUGCCUCCAGCUGAUGGAAGUCUAGAUGAUGACGAAUUUGAGGACUUGGGGCAGUCUGUUAGUCGUAUGAGCCAUCCAGAAGGAUAUAGAAUUACUAAAGCAGCCAUAGCUGGAUUAGUAGGAGAGAAUGCAAAGAGUUAUGAGCCAGAUCCUGAUAAUGACAAAAAGCCUAAGGGUAGUGAUUUGUCCCUGGAUAUUGGACCAGGUUCAGCAGAUUGUCUGGCUUUACAUAAGAAGGGACUGUAUAUUGCUGGGCAGAAUGGAGUAUUGAGAUGUUUGGACAUAAAAUCAACUGAGCUUAAAGUCUUGGAGCAGUUGGACAUUGGUGGUGCUGUGACAAGUCUUCACUGGUCACCAAAUUAUCGUUCGUUAGCCCUUGGGAGUUCCAAGGGGUCUGUACAUCUCUAUGAUUCUGAAGGAUCUGUGGCAGAGCUGUUUAGUAUUCAUAAUGCUGAGUUUGUGGGUGUUGACUGUCUGGCAGGAGGAAGUCAGUAUUGUGUGACUUGUAAAACAGAUGGUUUGGUGCAAACAUGGGACAUUGAAACAAGCAAACUUUUGUCUAAAAUCCAUCUUGAGUGCCAGGCUUCAUGUAUACAGUGUAGUCCAUCCUCCAGCACAGUGGCCAUAGGUUCUCUUACUGGCCAUAUCUACUUUGUUGAGAUGACAAACAUUGAGCAGCCUCGUCUUAUUUACAGGAUCCACAUUCACCAUGGGCCAGUUUUGCAACUUAGUUAUGAUUGGAGUGGUCAGAUAUAUGUAACAGGCUCAAAUGAUGGACAUGUCUUCGUGUGUGAUGCAAGAGUCAGCAACAACUUCAAAGUGCUUGGGCGAUUAGGAUCGUACAUUGUGUGUUUCUGCACAUCAUUACAAAAGAGGCGGAGCGUCUCACGUCUGUUUUACCGGUGACUCACAACACGUCCUCAGUACAGGUGCUGACGGUGUGUUGGCCUGCUGGGUUUGGAACUUCACAUCAACAGGCAAAGGCAAGGCGACAGCAGCCAUAGAUGCUGCACGUGCGCGCUCAUCACUGCUGACCACCAUGCGAAAGGACGAAGACAGUCUGGCGGCUGAACGUGGGGAAUACGUGCCCAGAUCUCUCUCGCCGGUCGAGAAAGCGAACACUGAGGCGAGCGAGAAACAACAGAAAGUUAUCAAAGAUGGCAUCUACACCACCCCCACUCCUACCCCCUCAGAAGAUGCAACCUGGCUUGAGAAAGCUGUCAGCGAGACCCAACGUGAAGAGGCCAAAAAAUUUGCUGAGAUAAAGCGGAAGUUACGUCAGGAGAUUCAAGAAUUACGUCACACCGUGCUGCAGAUGAUGGGUGACAACCAGCAAGCACCGGAAAUAGAAAAACUGGACAGAUAUGAGUACAACUUGGAUGUUGAUCAGCGGCAGAAAUUGAUUUUAGAAGGGGAAGAGAAAAUUAAACAGGUCCGUGAGGAGAUAGAAUUGGCAAAUCUUGCCAAUCAGUACUUGCGCGAGAUAAUAAAAAAAGAAUGUUGGGACGCCAUGGUCGUCAAAGGACGUUCAGUGAACGCCUUUCACCUUCCUCUGUCUGUCUCCAACUACCCUAUGAAGGAGCGAACUAAAGCAGAACUGGAUGAAGUUCAGUAUGUCAUCAACCAGAGGAAAAUCGAGCAAGCUGAGUCCGCAGCCAGCAAGGAUGUAGUGUCUAGUCCGCCUUCGGCCAGAAAUACACCUCUUGUUGAUGACCGACAAGAGUUUGAAGACGAGGAUAUUCUGGCCGAGGAUGAAGGAGAGAGGUCUGGAGAUAACCCGGCUACAACCGGAAGUCGUGGUGCAGCUUAUGGCGGCGGCCAGGAGCUGUUUCAAAGUCAGUUCCAGCUCCACACGGUGCAGCAGAAACUCAACCAGAUUGUUUUGUUGCAGGAUGCUAUCCACAGAAUCAAAGUGGCAUUCAACAAGGAGUUCGACGAAAUCUUCAAACAGAAAGAGGCCGAAAUCAAAAGAGUCAAAGAAAGAAACGAGAGGAUAAAGAAGAUCUUGGGUGAUCUUGAGAUUGAUGAGAAGGUUUUUGAGCCGGAGAUGAGUGUGGACGAAAAACCCGAGCUGCUGUUGGAAGUGAAGGAUGGUGAAGUACCCUUUGAGAAGUACAUUAGUGAGGAGGAGAAGCUUAAGCUUGAAGAACAAGCAAAGAUUGAAGAAGAGGACAGAAACAACUUAAAGCUGCCACAGAAUCACACGGAGACCAUCCCGACGGAGGCAGUCCAUUCGGUCCCAGGCCUUCUUCCUCGCGUAGUAAUUCUGUCGCCAUAAGAAGCCUGGAGCGCGCAAUGGAUGAGCUAGAUGAUGAACAGCACAUGCCUGAAGGAGUGGAAUCUGCUGUCUGGCAACGACUGGUGCAAACAAGAAGAGAGAAAGUCGAAAGUGAACAGCAGGUCAAGGCCAAAGCGUUGAUAUUAGCAGAAAUGAAUGCCUUCUUGCAAAGAAGAACAGAAGACGAUGAAAAAGUCAACAGAGAGCUGGAGCACACUUUACAGGAACUACAGAGAUUGCGGGACGAGAAAAUGAAGUUUCAUAUAAAUUUGGAAGUACAGCUGUUGCUAAAACAGGGACAGGUGGAGGUUACACCAGGCUCCUUUAUCACAGAUUAUACAGACAGUGCUCUGAUUCAUCGCUCUGUUGUAGAGGACCUUAAUGCACAGAUCACGACUCUCGGGAAAGGAAAGAUUACUAUUAUGGAGGACAGCAAGGAGUUUAGGAAAGGAAUUCAUCGACUGGAGUGGGAGCACAAAAAGAUGGACAUGCAGUCGGAAGAUCUCCAGGCCAAGAUUCGUGACAUUCAACUGCUGAGAGUUACCAAGGAACUCCAGCAGUUUCUAUCAGAGGGUGACCAGCAAGCCAGGCAACAGCAGGAGAUCGAGACACUGGAGAAAACUUUGACACUACAAGAAAAGAUGCAUCAUCGUAAUGUAAAUGACCGCAGAGAAACAAUAAAGAAUAUCAAAAGAUUAAUACGUCGCAAGGAGAAAGACAAUGAACAGCUUGACGCGGAUCUAGAGGAACUUGCUCUGUCCGUCGCUGAAAGGAGGAAUGUCAAUGAGGCAAAUGCUGCUGGCCGGAGUGACACUGGAAGUGAGCGCCGCCUGCAGGACAUAGUAGCAAGGCGAAAGCUAGUGGACCUCGCCAAAGCGCAAGCGCAGGAGGUUGCAGUGCUGCGGGCAGAAGUUGAACGACUACGCAUGCGUACUUUCCCAGCACUUGUACAAAUUGAACAUUAGGAUUUCGUUUGUGCUGUAAAUAUGAAACAAAGAUCUGAACGAGCAGUGAAUACUCGUUUAUUUGUUUGUAAUAUUUAAUUGAAUGUUCUUCCGCUUGGAACAUCUUACAGAGCGGUUUUAUCUUUUCCGAGUGUUUUCUAUAAAAAUAAUCCUUUCGCUUGCGAAGUUUCAACUGAUGUAGUGACAAUGUAGGUUUGAGCAACCGUUGUAACGCAAUUUCAAAUGUAAAUAGAACUUCCAAGAAUGAAAAACUUAAAAAGUGUGUACUUAAUUUCUUUUUACCUGACUGUUGAAUUAGUCUUGAAUAUGGAAAAUGUAGAACACGAUUCAAAACUAGCGACCA